UCUGUCGACAUGGAUCUUUAUGUAGACGCGAGUAAAAUAAUUUUAGCAGUUUUAAACAAAACGGGCUCAAUAAAAACCUUAGUUUACAAAUCCCAGUACCAGAACAAGAAAUCAUUGUAUGCCAUUGUCUGCGAGGUUAUCAAACACAGACAACAGCUGGAAAAUGUGGGCAGAAAAUGUGAAAACUUUGGCAAAGACAAGAGACUUGCUGGGCAGCCGCAUCCAUUCUUGUUACAUGUACUUCUGUUUGAACACAUCCUUGGGAAAGGUGUGAGGGGCAAGUUCAAGGCGUUGGUGGAACGGCAUAAGAACUCAAUACAUGUGGCCUGUGAAAGGUUAAAGGUCAAGGCCGGAGUUGAUAGCGUGAAGCAGCUGUUCUCUCAAUCCUGCAGUGACACUGGCAGUUCAGGUGAACUACCCAAGUACGUCAGGGUGAAUACCAUCAAGAUUUCAAUGGCUGAUGUUGAAAAAGAACUUGGAAAGACAUUCACCUUCAUCUCAAGACCAAAUAUUGGCUUUUCUGACAUACCAAGUCUACUUACACCCCACACUGUGUUAAGGGACCCCCACAUCCCCAAUCUGCUAGUGUUCCAUCCAAGAACAGACCUACAUUCACACCGGCUCUACAAGACUGGGGCCAUUAUACUUCAGGACAAGGCUAGCUGUACCCCUGCGCAUGUGUUAUCCCCACCCCCAGGAUCUACAGUGAUAGACUGCUGUGCUGCUCCUGGGAACAAAACCACCCACCUAGCUGCCAUCAUGGGCAACACAGGGAAAGUGUUUGCUUUUGAUAAGGACAAGAAGAGAGUGGAAAUCUUAAAAAAGAUGGUAACAACUGCUGGAGCCACUUGUGUUACGCCCGUGUUUAAAGACUUCCUCUCUGUUGACCCUACAGACAGCAGCUAUGCACGGGUGGAGUACAUCCUUGUAGACCCCUCAUGUUCUGGAUCAGGAAUGGUGAAUAGAGUGUCUAUGAAAAGUGACGAGGAUUCUUACCCCAAGGAGAGGUUAAAUCAGCUUUCAAAGUUCCAGAUCUCUAUUUUAAAACAUGCAUUGAGCUUUCCUAAUGUUAAGAAAAUUGUGUAUUCAACCUGUUCUAUUCACGAAGAAGAAAACGAACAAGUUGUUGAAGAAGUGUACUCACAUGUGAGUGAGAUUUUCGAAAUUGAUCAUGUUAUGCCUGAUUGGCCAAUGAGAGGUCUUGUUACAUAUGAGCAUGGAGAAAAAUGUGUAAGGAUGUCACAUGACCUUACACUGACCAAUGGGUUCUUUGUUUCUAGCUUUUCAAGAAAGAUAAACAAAAAACGGAAGCAUGAAGAGGAUGGCUGUCACAGUGAGAAGAACAGACCUCUUAAAGUAAAAGUAAAGAAUACACGCUCAUCAAAAGUAGUACAUAAAUCAAAUGUCAGAAAGCAGCAGGGACCCUCAAUAGAAACGCAUAAACACUUAAGAGCGACUACCGAUUGGAAAAUUGAUAUCAUUGCUGUAUAACAUUGGCUGUUAGACUAUCUUAUAAUUUGUUAGUUAUGUAUUGAAGAAUAAAACA